AUGAAUAUGCAACCUUCAGUUUCGGUAAACUCACCGCUAUCCACUAUGUCCAAUGGUUCAAUACUGCUGGACCUUAUGCCUCCAAUACCUAAACAACCAAUACCCAAAAAAUCCCAACAAAUCAGAACUGACAAGCCAAGACCUCAUGUUUGUACUAUCUGCACCAGAGCCUUUGCCCGUUUAGAACAUUUGAAACGUCACGAACGAGCCCAUACCAACGAGAAACCCUACCAAUGUGCUGCAUGUGGUCGAUGUUUUGCUCGUCGAGAUUUAGUAUUGAGACAUCAACAAAAAUUGCACACAGAUUUACCCCACGUAAUACGAAGAGGAUCCUCGAAAGACGGAGAGAUAAAUGAACAUAUUAAUGUGUUACACAAUAAUACUAAUGCCAACGCCCCAUUACCUGACGGAACUUGUCCAGCAGCAAGCUUGGACAAUGAAAAACCAGUGUUUAGAACCUCGCUUUUUGAAAAUAAUCCGACCACUGGUCUGCCUCAUGCUCCAGCAAGUUCUAUCAUUAUUGAUGAUGAGGCCAAUUCUAUGUCCAACUCACCAAGACCCAGCAUAACACUUCAUAGUAGUCACCACCGUGAUAGUGUAUCUUUUGGACCUUCAAAUACUCCUCCAACAACAGCAAACACGGCACCUGGCAUACCAAUACAACCAACACCAACAACAGCAAAUCAAAUAGAAACAAAACAAGAAUCCAGAAGCAAUAGUCGUGUUAAACAGCAACAACAACAACAACCGACCCCAGAUUCUCCGCAAUUGAAAAAGUUCAAACCCUCAGCUUCUCCAAUGGGGAAUAAUAAUGGCAUUCCUUCACAUUUGAGCAAUAAUUAUAGACACGCAUCUUAUUCUGCUGCAUCAGGGCCGUGCUACUCUAGUUUCAAGGAGGCUGAUUUUUUUGGUAUUUCCGGUCAAGUUGAAUUUGCCACUCCUCAAUUUGGGCCCCAGAAUGAAGAUUUUGGUAAGUUAUUAGAAUCAAAUGGCUUAUUAGAUUGGGACACUAUUGACCAUUUGGAUUUGAACGAUGAAGGAAAGGUAGCUAUGAAACAGAAAUCCAUCAAGAAUUUGCAUGAUUUCUUCACUGAUAACUUAAAAGCUUCAUCAAUGCAUCAUCCACAAUCUUCUUUGUUUGGUGCAGGGAUUAAUGGUUUGCAUUCAAACAAUGAUAUGAACAAUAAAAUAAUUACUCAAUCGGUGCCACAACAACCACAGCAGCACCCACCAAUAAAGCAUUCACUGGCGUCAGAUAUCACACCCUCAAUAAUUCCAGGAUCGCAACAACAACAACAACAACAACAUCUGCCUCCAAACUCGCAUCUGAAUUCUGUCUCCUCAAAAGCAAGCAUCAACCCUCAACAAUUAAACCAGCCCAAAAAACUCGAAGAACCAAACCAGAAUGAUUGGUUUAGGGAUCUUGUUUUCCCGCCAUUUGAUUUGAAUAUACCUUUUAGUGCUCACGCCAGUUCUGAAGAUUUGAAAGGUUUCUUUGGCCCCACAAGCUUAUUGGCGGAUACAAACGAUAAUUACCGUAAACAGUUGAAUCAACAACAAAUGAAUGGCAACUUCAAUCAUAAACCGAUGCUUACUGCGAAAAACAAUGGGAACGAAAUUCCACUGGCCAUGCGUACUCAUAUUAACAGUGUUGCUGAUUUUUCAGUAGAGUAUCCUACUAGUUUUUUCUUGGAAGAUGCUACACUUAUCACUGAAGAACUUCGAAAUAAAAUUCUUGCCAUGAGUAAUAUUGAGGACAAAGAUUUGCCUUCAUUGUCAGAUUUGAAACGUUAUUUCCAAUUAUAUGAGUAUGGUUUUAACAAGUACUUUCCAUUUAUACAUUUACCUUCGUUGAAAAAUUCUAAAAACCAAAAUUUUGAAACUGUUCCAUUGUUGUUAGCCAUUGCUGCUAUUGGAGCGUUAUAUGCUUACCAUGACAAUGAUCCUUUAAUCUUGUUCAACUUAUCCAAAUUUCACAUUCAAAAUUUCUUUGAAAAAGAAAUCACAUUAAAUAAUUUGCAUUUCAAAAAAGUCCCAUUAAUGGCUCACCAAUGUCUUGUGUUGCAUAUUUUCAUAUCGCUUUUCCUCAAUGAACCUAAUAUGAUGGAUAUCACUUCGAGACAAAUCAAAUCAAUGAUUGGAUUGAUCAAGUCCACUAAUUUUAAUGAACCUUUAGAGAAAUUAAUAAUCCCACCUCAACCAGCAAUUCCUGGUUCAGCUGGAGAUAAAUCAUUGAUUCAAAAGAAUUUUGAUUAUUUUAUUAUGGCUCAAUCUAGAAUUCGUACCUUACACGUUUUUUAUUUUUUGCAAGCUUUUAGGUCUGCUUUUGGCGGAGUUCCUAUUCUUUUCAGCUUUAAUAUGCUCAAAAGUGGAUCAUUUUGUACCAAUGAGAAAUUAUGGUGGUGUGAAGGAUCUAGCAGAUGGUAUAAUUUAGUGGGACAAACCUACUCCAGCAAGUGGUCAUUAAUUGAUGUAAGCAAUGGUGCUGGUAUAGACGCAUUAGUGUCUUAUUUAAACGACCCAACAAAUGUCAACACACCAAUUUCGUAUAACAAUUUGCUUGUUUUGUUAUUCACCAUCCAUGAAAGAAUAAUCAAAGCCGUUGAUACCGUACAACCAUUUACUCAUUUACGGUGGUUAGAGAAGAAGAAGCCUUUACAAGCUUUAAUCAUGAACUGGGAGGUUUUAUUUCAUCAGAACCAUGGCAGUUCAAAAAUUAUUACUAGCACCAGAGGCAGCCUUAGUUCUAAACAUGAAUUGAAAUUAAUACUCCCCAUGCUUGCAUUGGUGAAAAUGAAAUUAGAAGUAAGACUAACUUUUGCAGUAUCAUCGGUUCUUCAAAGGGAUUGGACUGCUAUGAAUAGUGAUUUGGACCGAUUAGUGUACCGAGAACGCAAGUACAACGUCCUAACCACCUCAUUACCUCAUUGCCGUGAUAUUCUUGAGUUAUGGAUGUAUAAUAUGGAAACCAUCAAUUACGAUGUUCGAGAAACUGCUAGACGCACCCCAGCAUUCUUCUGUUGCACUUUAUUUGUUAGUGUGAUAUUAGUAGCGACCUAUUUGAACCAUAUUGAAAGGAAUAGUCUUGAAAGAGAGAUUACCAAUCAAGAGUUGGAAUGUUGGUUUGAUUGUCAAGAAUUGUUUUCUAAAUUAGAGACAAUUUUAAGUGUGAGUAUCAGAUCAUCUUAUCUGGAAGAUUUAACGAAAGAUUUCAAGAAUAAAUUCAAUGAUGAGACAAAAGUAGUUGGGAAGUUACGAGAAUUGAUUUUACAAAGAGAAAGCUGUGAUGAUGCAUUGUCAGAAGGAAUUGAUGUGGAAAAUAAUCAAUCCAAGUUGGUACAAAUAAAUCAAGAAAUCAGAAAAGGUCUUAUUGAUAGUAAAAUCUCAAUGAAAUCAAUUUAUUUGGGGAUUAGGAUAUUAGCUGAUGUACCUGUUUGGCCAUUAGCAAUGGUAUUUGCUGAGGCAUUAAAAAGUAGGGCAAAAUACAUAGAAAAAUGA